UCAGAAUAACAAGGCUGCUCGCUAAUUCCCGUCUAUCGGGGCUUUCGCCGAAACACCGAGAGAGUAGGGUCCAAAAAAAGCCAACAAGGCAGGCAAGAACGCCGCGCCGCCGCUGUCUGCACCCAAGAAUGGCUUCAGGAGACCUUUACGAGGUGGAGCAGAUCGUGGAUAAGAGGCGGAAUAAAAAGGGUAAGUGGGAGUAUCUAAUUAGGUGGAAAGGCUAUGGAAGUAAAGAGGACACCUGGGAGCCAGAACACCAUCUACUACACUGUGAAGAAUUUAUUGAUCAGUUCAAUAGCUCAAGACUGCACUCACACAAACGGCCCAAAGUUUCCAAAAACCGUGGAGAGCCCUUCAUUCCUAGCCACCUUUCUGCAACAGAUGACUCAAGAGCUAGAUCUGAAGCUCGAAAAAAGAAAAGGACUAGUGGCUCUACUGUGGGGGUGAGAGUAGGGACUGUUCUAGGGAUUGGAAGUGGAGGAUCACCAACCACUCAAAAGCAGAAGAAAGUGGGUGUAGGACCUGGAAAACAUGCUUUAGGGGACAGAAUGAGCAAAGCCAUGACAUUUAAAGCUCCUCCACCAGGCGGACCUCCCUUUGUCCCGUCAUUGAGGGUUCCUCAUAAUGGACUACAGAAUGGAGAGAUGGACUCUCUCAUGUACAGGACUGCAGCAAGGUCACAGCGACUGCCCUCAGACAGGGUGGAUGGAGAACUAGGACAUAUGGAAGCCAGCGGACAGCAGUUUACUACUGAACUAGGCUCACCUUUAGCCAAUGGGAAGAUGCACCUACACAGCUCAGUGAAGCGGAAGCUGGCUGAGGAGAAAGGCUACGUUUUUGACAAGCGGCUCAGGUACAACGUGCGACAGAACGAGAGCAAUUGUCGAUUUCGAGACAUUGUGGUCAGGAAGGAAGAGGGCUUCACGCAUGUCCUGCUCUCCAGCCAAACAACAGAUAACAAUGGUCUGACGCCAGAGAUCAUGAAGGAAGUUUGUCGAGCUUUGGGUAAUGCCGCUGCGGAUGACAGUAAAUUACUACUGCUCAGUUCAGUUGGGACUGUUUUCUGCAGUGGCCUGGAGCCAUCGUAUCUGAUAGGGCGUCUGUCCACUGACCGCAGAAAAGAGAGCAGCCGCAUCGCAGAUGCUGUACGGGACUUUGUGUUGGCAUUCAUCCACUUCAAGAAACCCAUUGUGGUGGCAAUAAACGGCCCUGCUCUGGGCUUAGGAGCAUCCAUCCUGCCACUGUGCGAUGUGGUGUGGGCCAGUGAAAGGGCCUGGUUCCAAACUCCAUGUGCAGCCCUGCACCUCACUCCUUCUGGAUGCUCCUCUUAUACCUUCCCUCAAAUACUGGGCGUCGCUCUUGCCAAUGAGAUGCUCUUCUGUGGAAGAAAACUCACAGCACAAGAAGCAUGCAGUCGAGGGCUCGUGUCACAGGUCUUCUGGCCAACCACAUUCAACCAAGAGGUGAUGCUGCGUGUGAAGGAAAUGGCAUCUUGUAGCGCAGUGGUCUUAGAAGAGUCUAAAUGCCUGGUGAGGAGUAUCCUCAUGUCCGUCCUGGAGGAAGUGAAUGAGAAGGAAUGUCAGAUGUUGAAGCAGCUAUGGUGCUCAACUAAAGGACUAGAGGCACUCUUCAGUUACCUGCAGAACAAGACAAGUGAAAAGUAACCAUCCCACCACAGAAAUUAUAGAUGAUCAGUGUGGGUAUGAAGCUACCUAAAAAAACAAAAAAGGGGGAUCAGUUUGGCAGUGCUGUGGUGUCAAACUCAUUAUGGGCCUUUAUUUCCAUCUAUCAGCAGGAGAAUUCUUUCUGAUUUCUUUCUGUGUAUAUCUGUUAAAAAUUAAAUUCAGUCAUGAUCACUUUUCUAAAACAGGUUUUUGUUUUCCCAGAUUUCCACGCUCUGUGUUAAUGAGGCAAAGGGCCAAAUAUGCAUUGCGUAAGCGCAGGGAGGUACAGAGUGCAUCUGUACAUAUGUGAGACUUAUUCAACAAGAUGGAUGAAAUACUAAAUGUAUUUCUGACUGCACAUGACAAAGUGAUGAUAAUAUAUAGAAGAAUAAUAUAUAUUUAUUACAAGCGUGUAAAAGAGUUGCUUUGUGUACAUAGGAUACAUUUUUCCAGGAUAUUUCUUUUAGUCUCUUACUGUUUUGAAUUGAAGUGUAAACCAAAGUUUGCAUGAGGACACAGUUGCUUGCUCCUUAUCAUGCACAUUCUCUCCUAUUUGUAUUGACUGUAUGUAGUCAUGAAGUAGUGCGGAAUUUUUUUUCCUCAUAAUUAUAUUUUCUUACAUAAACAUCUUUAUUAAAAAGAGCAUUUCUGUUUGCUUACAUUAUUAAAAUAACCUGGUAGAUGAAAUUAAAUUCUUCCAUUUAAAUAAAAUAAAAAGUAUUUCAGGUGAUUUUUUGAUUUUUUUUUUUAACAAUAAAGCUAUUGUGAUCCAUCCAACUUUAGUCGUUUCCCUCUUUAACAAUAUAGGCAAGAAUACUGUCUUUAAUUUUUACAAAUAAUCAGACAAAUGCCAGGAUUUCUCUUUUCUUGCUGGAAUAAUGCACCGAUAAUUGUUACAAAUCUGUGAAUGCUAGCACUAAAUAGAAAUGCUGAAAGUAACUGACUGCAAUUCUCACAGGGGAAAAUUGGUGAUGAAUCCGAUCAAACUCUGCGCUACAUAUAGGAGCCUUUAUUGAGUAAUUGAUGCGGAUUGUCAUUAUAUAAAAUGUAUGAACAUUCUUUUAAAAAAACAACAACAAACAAACCCCAGAUGAUGUGUUUUUUUUUCCUUAGCUGUGUGUUUUUAGAGCACAGAAGAGAUGAAAAUAUCUGGAUUCUCAAGCAUCUUCAGCUGUCGUUGAACAAUAAUGUCGAAAUUGAACAUUUUUGUUGCUGGAAUCCACUUCCUGUCCUAACCUGCAUGUGAUCAUUCAAAGUUUCAAGAAGUUUUAUAUUCUGUAUGAUAUUUAGGGAUCUAUUUUGUUUUACCAAAAUGUAAAUGUGUCUAGCUCUGUGUACAUUUUUAAAAGGUGUCCAUUUUGCAGUUAUAUAUGAUGAUUAUAUAUAUAUAUAUAUAUAAUGUAGACUGUUUUUUCUGUAACUAAUUGCAUGUAAUAUACUGUAAAUGUGCUGCUUGUCUGAAUUCCUUGUAUUUCAGGGUAUGUUUUGUACCACCAUUGUAAGUACUGUUAGAAAUGUUGCGUUUUAUUUUUGUAUUUAUUUGAAAUAACUGUUGUGCCGUGCCAUGUGGUUUACUUUGCUCCAGAGGCAUCCCGGCUUCUUUUUCGUGACCCUGCAGAAAAGUGAAUUAGCAAAAUAGGCCCAGAAAACAGAAAAUGUAUACAUAAAUACUUACGUCCUUCAUGACCAAAAUGUUAACACUAUUGUCACUUGAAGAUAUGAUUUACAAAUAGAGGUGUUGUACAUGAUCAGUGAGAGACAUGGGCUCAUUUAAUUUACUUUACAUUGUGCUUUAAAACCUUUGUGAGUAUGAGCUGAGGUCUGUGGUGUAAACAGAUUGUUAACAUUUGUAUAAGAUUUAAUGCAAUGUGAGAUUGUUAAAUGAUUUUGUGGUCAUUGAUUGCUGGGAUAAUAAGGUUGGAAGCUUUUUUUGUUUUGUUUUUGUCAACCAAACGUUGACAAAAACAAACAAUGCCAGACUUCCACCUGAGCGCAUUAAAUCUAAAACCUUUAAAGUCACACCAAAUGAUUUUACACUUACUGUCUAAAGGAAAUGUGAUUCAUGUAACAAAAUCUAAAUUGCCGUAUACUCAGGUUUCUGUACAAAAAUUUUUAUUGUGGUUAUUAGAUCCAUGAAAGGAGACCCUGUCUUUACUCCUAUUGUACUAAUCUGAUGAUAGAUUAUUUAUAUUGUGUCAUUUGCUUCAUAAGAAGAGGUAUAAUAUGGCUUCUGUACAGCAUCAAUGAACACAAGUCACUCAGGUCUGCUGAGCGUUGCUCAUGCUGAAGAUUCAUGGACUUUAAUUUAUUUAUUUUGUAAAAUAUCAAAUGUCUUUGAAUGUCAACUUGGACAGAAGCAUUUCUUUGGUUUGAAACUUUAUUUAGGGCUAUGGGAGUUUAUAAUGGAUUUGAGCCCCAAAUCGCCAGCUCAGCAUGUGUUUGAAGUGUGCUUGAUGAAAAUAUUUGAAGUAGAUCAGUUAUAACUUGCUCCAUUAUUUAUUACAAAUUGCAGGUUUAUAUUUUAUUUUACUUUUUAAAUACACAUACAUACAUGUGUAUUUUUUCCCUACACUGUCUGAAAGCACACCUUGGGUUGCCUUAUAAUUUAAAUGUUUGUCAAGGAGUUAUUGAUACAUUGUGAUGAGUAGAAUGAGCUGCUUCAAAUAAAGAAACAAUUCUUUGACAACAUGUUUUUACAU